AUGCGGGGCGGCGGCCGGCCGGCCUGCCUGCUUGUGCCGGAGCUGCCCCAAAAUACUCCAAAUUCCGACUGGGAGAAGAAGGUAACUGACUACUUCAAAGAGAAAUUAAAGGAAAAUAAUGCUACUAAUUGGGUCCCAUCGCUGAAUGAUGUUCCUGUACAUUACCUGAAACCCAACAGUUUAGUGAAAUUUCGCUGUAUGGUUCAAGAUAUGUUUGAUCCUGAGUUUUAUAUGGGUGUAUAUGAAACAGUUGACCCAAACACAAAUGCACGUGUUUUGCAUUUUGGUAAAUACAGAGAUGUGGCAGAAUGUGGGGGGAAUCAGGACAGUGCCAGCCAAGCUCGAGUUAGUCCUUCAACAUCCUACACACCAAGUCGCCACAAGAGGAGCUAUGAGGAGGAUGAGGACAUGGAACAACAUCCAUCUAAACAGAAAGAGCAACACAUGGGCAGUGGAGGUGAUAGUCAUGGAUGUGGGGAGCCGAAAAGAUUAGAAACUGAAGCUUCUGCAGGUCAUCAUCUCAUUUCUCCCAACUGUUCACCUCCUCUUGACUUAAAUUUUCCAUUGCCAGGGGAGAAAGGACCAGCAUGUCUUGUAAAGGUAUAUGAGAGCUGGGAUACCUUCAAAGUCAAUGAUGUUCUGGAGGUGUAUGGUAUUUUGUCUGUGGAUCCAGUGCUGAGUAUAGUGAACAACGAAGAGAGGGAUAGCUCAACCCUGGAUCCUAUGGAGUGCAUGGACACAGCAGAAGAGCAGAGAGUACACAGUCCUCCAUCCUCAUUAGUCCCCAGAAUCCACGUGAUUUUGGCACAUAAAUUGCAACAUCUUAAUCCAUUACUGCCUGCUUGCCUUAAUGAAGAAGAGAGUAAAACCUUUGUGUCUAAUUUCAUGUCUGAGCUGUCACCAGUUAGAGCAGAGUUGCUUGGGUUCCUCACACAUGCCCUCUUGGGAGACAGUUUGGCUGCAGAGUACCUUAUAUUGCAUCUCAUCUCUACAGUUUAUGCGAGACGAGAUGUGCUUCCUCUGGGAAAAUUCACAGUCAACUUGAGUGGAUGUCCAAGGAACAGCAUCUUCACAGAGCACAUCUACCGCAUCAUCCAGCAGCUCGUCCCAGCUUCCUAUCGCCUCCAAAUGACGAUUGAAAACAUGAACCACUCACGAUUUAUCCCACGCAAAGACUACACAGCUAAUCGCUUAGUCAGUGGAAUACUGCAGCUCGCCAGCAACACUUCCCUUGUCAUAGAUGAGACUCAGCUUGAGCAAGGACAGCUUGACACAAAAGGUGUGCACAAUGUGAAAGCCUUGGGUAAUCUGAUAACUUGGCAGAAAGUGGAUUAUGACUUCAGUUACCACCAGAUGGAAUUCCCAUGCAAUAUUAACGUUCUUAUCACCUCAGAGGGCCGAUCGCUCCUACCGUCAGAUUGCCAAGUCCAGUUACAACCACAGAUAAUUCCACCAAACAUGGAGGAGUACGUGAACAGCCUCCUAACUGCAGUGCUCCCUUCUGUGUUGAACAAAUUUCGAAUUUACCUAACUCUACUGAGACUGCUGGAUUACAGCAUAUCUGAUGAAGUGACGAAGGCAGUUGAAGAAGACUUUGUGGAAAUGCGCAAGAAUGACCCCGAGAGCAUAACUGCUGAUGACCUGCACAGAACUCUGCUUGUAGCAAGGUUCCUGUCCCUCAGCGCGGGGCAGACGACGCUGUCAAGAGAGAGGUGGCUGAGAGCAAAACAACUGGAGGCACUGCGUAAAGCCAGGCUUCAGCAGCAAAAGUGUGUUAAUGGAAAUGAACUUUAA